GACAUUGUAUUCAUCGUUCAGCCAUCUUGGAUAACAUAUUUUUAAGACGAACUUCUUUGUUUAGAAAUGCUUAAAUUUUAACUGAAUUAAGUUAGAUUUACUGUGCAAACAAAAUUACUUUCGUUAGAAACAGUUUAAUCUUAUCAAAAGUGAACUAAUAUAGUCCGUAGACGGUCAUUCUUGCUGAAAUUAAGGUCUCAUAAAUUGUGAAAUAUAACUGGAACAAUUAUUGCAAAAUCGAAAAAGCUACUUGUUUAUGUGAUUCUUUCCAUUGCUUUAAAUUUCAUUUAAUCAUAAAUUUGUGAUAUUCCUCGGAUUCUGUACCUUAUUGGUGAUUUAUAAGAUAACAGAAGAGAAUUACUAUAAUAAAUAUCACACCAUUUGGAAGUUUGAAACUGACAGAAUAGAAAGUACAAAAAAAGAAAACAAAAACAAUAAAAAAAAGUUUCAUCUUAAAAAGUUCAUCAAUUAACAAAAGAGAAAAAAAUAAGUUCACAAAAGGGAGAGAAAAAAACAAGCGACGCCAUGAAAAUUGAAGUAAAUUCUGCAGCCGAUUUUGUGAUGAAUUUACUGCGGGUUAGGCAGCAGGUGAACUCAUUGAGCGAAACUCAAUUACAUUCAUUUCGAGGAUCUCUCAUUAUCGUACUUCUUGAGAAAUACAAUAAUCAUUGGUACGAAAAUAAUCCACGAAAAGGAAGCGCAUUUAGAUGUAUUCGAAUCAAUGGUGAGACGUCCGAGCCCGUAAUAGAAAAGGCGGCAUCCAAUUGCGGCCUUUCUGCUUUCACCAUCCGCCGUCUGUUGCCAGCUGAACUAACGCUCUGGAUCGAUCCACAUACCGUCUGCUAUCGCAUCGGGGAGAAUGGCUCGAUUUCUGUGUUAUAUGAUGGAAGUCGCUCAAGCCCAUCCGAUCUCGAGUCAUCAGGAAGCGAAAACUGUUGUGAAAUUUCGCCUGAAAUCAACAAAUUGGUGUUAGAUUUUUACGAGAAAUCCAACAAUUCAAUCAUAACGAAACCAAAGCGUUACACUAAAUUACGCCAGAACAUCAACAACAGUCCACCAAGAUACUUUCAAUCUUUCUACCAAUCGCCAUCAAACAAUCAUUAUUACCAAAACAAAGCAUUCUAAACGAAAGAGAAAAAAAGAGAACCUGAGAGGACUACAUGAACACAACACAAGUUUAAAAAUGAACAUUUUAAUGACGAAUAAUGGCUACCUAGAAAAUUAGUGAUAAGAGAUUUUUUUUAUUACACACAAAAAAAGUGAAAGAGAAUUAAACAACAACAAAGUUUAAGGAAUCAGAUUUAUUUAUUAAUUGCAGCUGCUGCUGCUCGUCAUCAUUCUACAAGAUAAUAAUAAUAAGACGAGGAAAGAGAAUUGCAAACUAUUUUGCAUUCUUUUUUUUAAACAUUAAAUCAAAUUGCCAUUCACAAGCGCAGAAGUUUUGUUUUUUUUAGUUUGACUUUAAUUUUGUUUCGUUUCGGUUUGAUUGAGAACAACUGCGAAGUUGAAUGAGUGAAAGAGAUGAAUAGCGGGAGAGAUAGAGAAAGGAAUAUGAAAACAGAAUAACGUGACGUUCGGCACAUAUAGCUUGUUUACACAUGCUUAUGUGUACUUCAAAAACAGCCAACGAACGUCAUCGAUCGUAUGAACAACCGUGGAAUGUUUUAAGUUCAAUAGAUUGAAAGUCUGUAGAGUUUAGUUAGUUUUUAAGGAGAAGAAAAAAAACACAUGAAAAGAAAUAUUGAAAUGUACAUCGUCGUGAAAACUUCUUUUGUUUUUUUGUCUUUCUCAAUUUGUUCCUUGCUGACAUGAAAUUAAAAAAGAAUAUUUAAUAUUGGAAGCUUUACAACAUCACUUAUAAUUGUAAAAACAUAAAAUGAUUGAAAGCGAAGUUAAGAGAGUAGAGCAAAAAAUCUUUCAUUUAACUACCUGAAAGUUGAAAUUCGUUCGGGAUUAAAGAAAGAAGAUUGUAAAACUUUGACUAACAUAACCGGUCUUUGGGAAGAAUAAUAAGUAAGCAAAUAACGAAAAUCCUUUCUUACUUAUUAGAGUAAAGACUCAAAGUGUUUAUGUAUCAACGAUGGUUAAAAAGUUAUUGGAAAUGUGCAAAGAGUAAAUAAAUCAAGCUUAUGAAUGUAAAUGUAUGUAAAAAGUAAUAUAACUGUUAUUGAUAUGUAACCACCCGAAUCUUUACUCUACCUUAAUUUUAUUCUAAGUAACUAUAGCUUCUCAAAGUCGAUCAAAGAUUUCUAAAGUUUUCAUGGCAUUAAACACUAUAUUUGCAAUACUGAUCUACUUUAAUAAUAACAACAACAAGAAAAACAUACAGUAACAAGUAAGUUCAUUUAUAAGUACUCGUGAGAAGCAUAAUUCUAUUCGUUUUCUUUUUGGAUGAGUCCUGUGAUAGCAUAAGUUUUUAUGAUUGUAUGUAUAUGUAAUGUAAUCAAACAACAAGCACUUUCAACGAUGUACAUUGUAAUAUUAUGAAGAAGUUAAGAAAGAACUUAGUGUUGGUAGAUUUGUCGAGUUUUAUUAAGAAAAAUCAUAAUUAAAAAAAUUAAAGAAAAUAUGUGAAAUCGUGAUAGAAAAAUUCGUACAAAAAUCUGUAAGACUUUUUAUAACAUUGAUAACAAGAACUGAUAAUUUAAUGUUUUUAUUCUCAAUAUUUUAAGAAAAAAACAAAAAGUAAAAAUAUGGAAGCUUUACACAACACAAGAGUUACAAUAUUCAUAAAGAAAAAAUGACAUCCUUAUUAUUAUGAUAAGUAAAGAACAAAUCUACUGGCGAAAGAGAUGUGACGAUAUUUUUCACACUUUUCGCUCAACUGUGAGUUUUACGAUUAUCUUUAAUUUAAGAUGCUUUUAAUUCACAUUCGACCGAAAAGCGAUCAAGACAACGAGAAAUGAACAGCUCGAGAAUCGUUAAUAAUAAAAAUGAUUAUUUUCUAUGGAAGUUAAGACCUUCUGUUAACAUAAUUAUUCAAAUUUUGUGAAAGGGUGCAUAAGGCGGGUCAUAAUUUCACUAUCUUAUGCCUUCUUAAAAGAAACUUGAGCUUGAUCAUUUCUCGAUAUAACUAAAGUCUAAACUUUCAAUUUAAGCGAAUUUCAUUGUCGUGAGUUUGAUGAAAUGAAGUCAUCUAAAGUUAUCAGUAUGCAGCAGCAGUUAAUUUUAUAAUUCUUCUUAAUUUUGUCAACAACAGAAACAUCUUUCCUAGCAAGACUUACUUGCUAAAUAUUUUUUUUAAAUUUACUUUGAGAUUCUGAGCAAUAGAUAACAUUCCUAUCUUGACAAUAAUUGUCACAUUGUCUGUUGGAGAAGAAUCUUGAGUUUUAUACUUUUUCUAUGAUGACUUUCAAUUUUAUAAGAAAAACAUAAAAACAACAGAAUUUGUCUAAUAAAAAUGAUGAAUAAGAUUAAAAAAUUAAUUAAAUGUAUUUGUUAUUUUAACUUCAAUGCCUGAAAAAGUUUGAAUAUAGAGUAAGAAAUUAUUGAAACGUAUAAGAUAACAUGAGAGUGAGACUUCUGAAGGUAAUUUAAUGAGUGUUCAAACAUAAGUAUUUCUGUCAACAAACAUCAACAAACUUUUCCGCUUAGAUAUUUGCGUGAUAACUUUUGGGAGGAAACGUACCAAGAUUUCUCUUAUCAGUUUAUACAACGGAAGCUAACGUUGCUCCAAAUACAUUUUUCAUUAUGCUUUACACGUGCCUUGAGCAUAAUUAAAGAUGAUGAGUCUUCACGGUGAAGGUUUCUCAUUAAAUUGUGUCUAACGACUUUUUCCAAUGAAGUUUCUGCUCAUUUUAACA